AUGAAAUGGGUCCAGCGACUGCUCAGCAUAUUUCAACAUAGAACUAAACGGGAUUUCCUAGACCAUGAGAUCAACAUCAUUGGCCGCAACGCCAUUGAAAAUGAUAGCGAUUCUCACGAUAGAGUUGCCUUGUCCUUGAGAAUCUGCGAAGCACUCUUGAUUGAGACUUGGAGCUUGAUUAAGGGAGACCACCACAUGACAAAUCGAAAUAUCAUGCAUAUUGCCGCCCAGCACAAUGCCUAUAUCAUCGUGGAGGAGAUGAGGAAGAAAUUGCCAUUAGAUAAGUUGAAAGGACUGAUAUUAGAAGGUGACAAGAACAAAAAGUCGGCGAUAGAGAUUGCCAUCGAACAAGGACACGUUAAAACUCUCGACGAAAUGGUCAGGGACGAUAAGGCUAUACUUGACCAGACCAAAGGUGGGAAGACUGUCCUUGCAAAGACCGCCAUCAAGCAAAAACACCUCCAUGUUCUUGAGUAUCUUGUCCAAAACGACAUACAGGCAAUCACCAUGGAAGUUAUUAGUCAAGCAGUCAAUGAAGGAUCCAUUCGAAUUUUCCAAUUUCUGGUAAAACUGCGUCCCUCCCUAUUGGAACAGGACGAUUGCUGCUUACUCCAUGAAGCAGUGGAGCGCAAACAACUUGGCAUAGUCAAGAGACUUGUCAAACUGCGACCAAACUUGGUCAGCGGAUAUAGGAAGGAUCCCACUGACUCAACUGCGCUGCCACGACCAGUUUUAUCAUACACAGAUCAGUCAGAUGAGGGAAAGGAAAUAUACGACUAUCUCCUCCCUGUCAUCAUCGAAAGGAGCGAGGUGUCUGAUAUCCGCCAACAUCUCUUAGGAUUAUCCAACAGGGAGUUGUGCCUCGACCUAUCUCUAUGGAAGGAUGAUGAAAGAACGCUAGAUGGGUUCCUCACCUCCGCCCUUACAAGUCUACAGGAGAAACGGACGACCAUGAAUGGAGAAGAAGAUGACCUAAACCCAGAAAUUAUAUCCACGAUUCAGUCAGUGCUCCACAAAAGAAACAUAGCCCUCGAGGAUUCUGAGAAAAACGACGAAUUCCGCUCGACCAUCAAAAACAUUCAGCAAAGUAUUGAGGGUUACGUGAAUCGCCAGAAGCAUUUAAAUAGUCAUAAAUCUACGAAACAGCCCCCCUGCUUCGGUAUCGACUUCGAAAGGAUAUUAAAGUAUGUGCAGCUGCCCAUAUUGCCCACGUCGGCAUGCCAUGGCAAGCCUCCUGUCAAUCUAAUUCUUGACUGGCUCUACGAGUGUAAAGGCGUGAGACGAAUAUUUCAAGUGCGCGUUGACGAUUCACAAAACAAGCCACAUAGUGAGGAAGACAUAGAGAAGUCUCUGCGGAAAUUUCGAGUUACAACUCUGGAUUGGCGUCGUACAGAUUUAUCUGCAUAUGCCAUUUACCGAGCUGCUCCUCAACUCAAAGAGCUUCACUUGUACUCCAGUGGUAACCUCGGUUCUCUGGACCAUUGGCUAGGGCAGAACGGCCUUUGUCGACUAAAGAAACUCGAAGCGAUCCACAUCACCAUCUUAACUGACAAUCUAUCAGGCAAGCGAGUCGAUCAGUGCAUUCGGAAGCUUUACAUAGGAUUGCAAAGGCUUUAUCAUGACCAUGCUUCUAUGCCGCUCAGCCUUCGUUACAGAAGGGCGAGCAAGACUUGCAAGCACUUUUACGCAAGGGGGCGGGCGAGGCAAUUUUGGGUAACUUCACACACGAGAACAACACUCAAAAGACAGGGACCAAAACUUCCCAAGCCCCUUCCUAUGGCAUUUCCCACAGAAAGAAACCUGUUAUUCCCAGGCCCACAAGCAAUGAAAAGAGCAACCAUUGACACUAUGUCCUGGUCUAGUCCAGGACCAGCGUCAAAGGUACCAAUCUCAAGCACAGAAUUCAAACGAAAACCUGUCAAGAUAGCAAGCUUGCAAUACUUCCUUCCAUUUUAUAUCGAUGGACAUGUGUCACGACACAGUAGCUCUGGAAAGAGUGAGACAAGAACAAAGGUCGCUAUUCUAGACACGGGCAUUGGCUCAAUCUUUUUCCCGGGGUCCGAACGAAAAGUCACCGGACGAAGCUUUGUAACAAAUUCCCUGCCUGAGAGAGAGUUAGAAAGCCCAUGGUGGAUUUCAAGCGACCCCCACGGAUCCCAAAUGGCCAAUAUCAUCGCGCAGCUUGACCCCACGUGCGAAUUGGUCAUUUGCAAGGUUGCUGAGAAGCGAAAUUCUUUUCAUAUCAAUUCAGUUACCAAUGCUAUUAAAUGGGCACUGCAACAGCAAGUCGACAUCAUCAACUGCAGUUUUGUACUAUACGGGAACAACAACGAACUAUUCCAGGCCAUGGAAGACGCUGACGCCAAGGGCACCGCUAUCAUUUGCAGCACGGCUGAUAGAGGUCAUAUUCAACAAGUUGUUUGGCCGGCAUGGUACAACAAGAAUAAACAACUAAGCAACAUCUUUCCAACAGCUCCAUGCAAUGACUUUGGAAGGAUAACAGAGUAUGGAACUGAAAAGACAUCUGACUACCUUCUCCCAGGUGUCGACAUCGAUGCUUCUGGACCUGGGUCGAGCCUUUCUGACCCAGUAUCCGGGAGCUCGGUGGCAACAGCAAUGGCAAGCGGAAUCGCUUCUGUCAUCGUCGGUUGUUGUAGACUCUCCACGCAACUAGCAGCGAAUCAGAGACCGAAACAUUGUAUUAGGACUGUUUUCGAAAGAAUGUGUGCUUUGGAUGUAGUCAACGAUAGCGGGCCCAGGCGGUUAGUCCCUACACGGGUUUUCCCUGAGCGACCACCUCCCCUUACCGGAGAAAAAGCAGAGUCAGAUUAUGACUUGGGAUCAAAGUCCCUAGCCACGUGGCUUACGUUUUUCUUUGUGCGUAAACGUAAGUGA